AUGUUCACAUUACUCAUUAUUUAAGUCUACCACGUUUGUUUUUGUUCUUUAUAAUUUUACAUUUUUUGCACCGUGCAGUUUUUGCACGAGUGCACGUAUUCCUCGACCUUCGGAAAAUGACCAAGACCAGACAAGCCAAAUUCGAAGGCGUGAAGGGUGGCACUCCUGACAGAAGCAGAAGAUCUGCGAGGAUACCUAAACAAGUGUGGGAAAAACAAGUGCAGAAAACCGUUAAGAAUGUAGGGUCAAAGGUUGAGAGGCCUUCAUCCUCGGGCUCUUUAGUGCCCACAAGAUCGCUAUCCACCUUGAGCGUGAGUAUGGACUCGGAGGAUUCUGCCAUGACAAGUGGCUUGAAUACCCCAACCCCAACACAUGUAGCUCCCUCUCCGCGGAAAAAUUCAUUUAAGAUGGCGAGAUCUGCUGACAGCAAGAAACCUGGAAUGUCGCAGAUCUCGAUGAAUUCCUCCAUAGUCCCAGGAAAAUGGGUCAUCAAAAAAUUAGGUACUUUUGAAGUAGAGCCAUCCCGUAUCUACAAGAUCAAAAAAGAUCAAACAAACUAUAGUGCCCAGGUAAUAACUGGACCCACGCAAAGUGACGACAGUGAAGAUGAAUAUUUGAGUACGAAUGCCACAUCGGAGGAAGAUGAAAACGCCCAGAGCGAAGGCGAGAGGACAGACUCUGAAGAUGCGAUCACGAGUAUGCGCGAUAGCCAGAUGAGUGUAUCCUCCGACUCGAACAUAAGGAUGCGAUUAAACCUACUCCAGAACAUCAGGCACAUACCUAAUUGGGACGAGCUGAGUUCAACCUCGACGAUCGGAAAGAUUAAAACAAGGAAGGAGGACAAUAAGGACCUCGGGAGGUUCCGGGAUCCGUUAGCUAGCAACUCCUCCAUCAGCUUGGCUGAUAGCAUACAGCAAACCGAGCCCGAUUACGAAGAAGUUUUACCUCCAGACGAUCCCGAUGGGCAAAGUCCGCCUUCGCUAUCGGCCUCAGAGCUGGAGUCUGAUGACGACAGCGAAUGGGAAUUGGAGAGAACGGGGUUGAAAUCCAGUGUUAUACCUACCUUUACCGAAUUUUCGUCUGGCUCGUGGUCUUCCCAGACUUCUACUCACGUUCGUUCCCAUGUGACUUUUCCAAUUGAUCAAAUUGUCCAGAGCUAUUUGAAUGGACUGAUCGAAAAAGUGGUGCACAAGUUCGAAAAUCCUGUCUAUGUUCUGUCCAAAAGCCUGGACAAGAGUAAGCUCCUGGAUCGGCUUUUGAAGGAAGUUGACGAUAAUACCUGGGAAAGGUACGAAAACGAAUUGCUAACCAAGCGUCUGACCGAGCACCACUUGCGCCGGUUUAAAUAUUCCCUGGUAACGCCGAGCAAAGGCUUCUCGAUCAACGAGGCCCAUCAAAGGCGUUAUAUGGGUGCCCUGUACGAGUUGGACCUCUGGCUGCAACGGGAACGGGAGGCUGAGGAAAUUUUCGUGGCGGAGAGGGAUAGUCUUCUCGGAAAAUUGGAGCAGUUGCAGGCGGAGGACAGUGAGAGGGUCGAGGAGAUGGAGCAGAUUAUAAGGAAAACCAUUUUCUGCCAGCCCCAAACCUCAGAUCGCCUUAAAUUCGUAACUGAGACCGCAUUACGUCAAAUGAGAAAAAAGCGUGAUCUUAUGUCCGAAACUCGUCUUGCUUUGAUUAUUAAGCAGCACAACAAUGCCUACAUUAAACAGAAAAUAGACGAAACAGAGACCAUUUCUGGAGAAGUGAAAUUGGACACGUAUCUCUCAACUGAAACCGACGUUCAGCAGUUGACGAACACCCUAACUAACAGGAAUGCAGAGCUGCACCGAAUGUAUGCUCUGAUAAAAUCCAAAAUUCAUACUACUUCCCAUCUGAGAUGUUGCCGAAAGUUGCUGAGUCGCAAAUUUCGGGUAGCCAAAGCAGAGCUGCGUAAGAAACAGCAACAACAUUUGGCACUGCGGGACCACUUAUACACCUGUAACCUAAAGCACAACAAACUUCUCGCCAAAAUCAACGAAGUCCGACAAAAAGCUGGGAUUAUGUGCUAUCCAAAGUUACUAGCGGACUUCGAUCUAACAGUGAACCUCAUUCUGGUGAAGCGGGAUCGGGUGCAAGAAUUGAAGGAGCAACACGACGAUCUGCUCAGAAAAAUUGACAAACUUGAAUCUACGCUUAGAACGAGCACUGGUUCCUCUGACUAG